GGUAAUAUGUCAAAAUAAAUAAAAAUUAAAAGUUUUUUUAUGUUUACGUAGUUUGAAUAAUUGGGAAUAAAGUUAAAUACCAAAAUGAGUCUUUGGGUGGAUAAACAUCGACCGAGAGAUUUAAUGAAGUUAGAUUAUCACAAAGACCAAGCUCUAAGAUUAAAAAAUCUUGUUCAACAAAGUGACUUUCCCCACUUGCUUGUUUACGGACCCUCAGGAGCCGGUAAAAAAACAAGAAUUAUGUGCCUAUUAAGAGAAUUAUACGGUUCUGGAGCUGAACGUUUACGACAAGAAACUAUGCAUUUUACAACGCCUUCAAAUAAGAAAAUUGAAAUUAUGACUGUAAGCAGUAAUUAUCACAUUGAAGUUAAUCCAACCGAUGUUGGGAUACAUGAUCGUGUUGUUAUCAUGGAUUUGGUGAAGAAUGUAGCGCAAACACAUCAAAUAGAUUCUUCUGGCCAACGUGAGUUUAAGGUUGUAAUAUUGAAUGAAGUUGAUGAUUUAACGAAAGAUGCCCAACAUGCAUUGCGACGUACAAUGGAGAAAUACGUAAGUACAUGUCGGCUUAUUCUUAUAGCUAACUCAAUUUCGAGGGUCAUUCCAGCCAUUAGAUCACGUUGCUUGACAAUAAGAGUACCCGCACCGACAGAAACUGAAAUUGUUAGUGUUUUACAAGCAGUUUGUAAAAAAGAGGGUUUAAGCUUACCAAGCGAAUUGGCGACGCGUAUUGCAAAGUGCGCGGACAGAAAUUUGCGACGGGCAUUAUUGAUGUGCGAGUCGUGUAAAGUCCAAAAAUACCCAUUUACUCCUGAUCAAAAAGUACCAGAACCCGACUGGCAGAUAUUCAUAAGAGACACUGCAUCAAUGGCAUUAUCCGAACAAUCUCCUAAAAAACUUGGUGAAGUAAGACAGAAAUUGUAUGAGCUGAUAAUUCAUGGGAUCCCACCAGAUAUAAUUUUUGCUGGUUUGUUGAAAGAGCUUGUACGUAAUUGUGACAUGGCUAUGAAAUGUCAAAUUGCAAAUCAUGCAGCUCAAUUUGAGCAUAGAAUGAGGCUUGGAAAUAAGCCCAUAUUUCAUCUUGAAGCUUUUGUUGCCAAAUUUAUGGCCAUUUAUAAGAAAUUUGUUGAAGAAUCCCUUGGUGAUGCAUUUUAAUUGUUGUUUAUAUUGAUAUACCAUGGAUGGUUAAAGCAAAAAUCUUCAACAUCAACAUCGGCCAAUCAAAAUUAAAUGAUGAGUAUAAGCCGAAAGGAAUGCCUAAGCUCUCGGUUCCCCACCAUCAGCAUCCAGUUGAGUUCCGCCACGUCCUUCAUAUUUAAUAAAAAUGUUCUUUAUAAAAAUGUAUUUGAUUAUUAA